CACAACUCAACUCUGCCGCCGGCUUCAACUGUGUUGACUAAAAACGAAUUACUGUUUAAAACCAAAGCUUUAGUACUUUAGUCAGUAACUUCAAAUUCCUGAGAAUUGAAUGCACAUGGUAGAACACUGAGCGGAGAUGUCAAGCAAACCUUUGAGAAUAUUAGUUUCGGGAGAUGUUGAGGGCAACUUUCAGCAGUUGUUCAAACGUGUGGACACCAUACAGAAGAAGAGUGGCAAGUUUGAUCUGUUGCUGUGUGUUGGGGAUUUUUUUGGGCCAGAUCUAUCAACCUGGGAACCGUAUAAAAGUGGCAAAGUGAAAGUGCCGAUCUCUACCUUGGUCCUGGGCCCCAAUCGGCCGGAGCUGGGCAUCUAUUACAGUGGAGACGAAGGUUCAGAGUUGUGUGAUGGAGUCACAUAUCUAGGUAGACAGGGCAAGUUCACUGGCUCCUCUGGCCUUCAGCUCUCUUACCUCAGUGGCCUGGAAGCCACUGCUGGCAGUAAGGGAGACGAAUGUACCUUCACCACAGCUGAUGCCAAAUCGCUGAUCUCCCCUGUUGCUAAUGACUCGAGUUUCAAAGGUGUGGAUAUUUUGAUCACGUCUCAGUGGCCUAAGGGUGUGGAAAAGUAUGGCUCCUCAAGUGAGAGACAGACAGAGCAACAUCCUGGCUCGGCCUGUAUUGCAGAAGUCGCCAGAGUUCUCCGGCCCCGCUACCACUUUGCUGGGCUGGAGAAAGUGUUCUAUGAGAGGCAGCCGUACAGAAACCACCAAGUUCUCUUGGACUCGGCGCGGCACAUCACGCGGUUCAUUGGCUUGGCUGACGUCGGCAACAAAAGCAAAGCAAAGCCCAACCCAUGGGUCCAUGCUGGUUUUGCCUUGGUAGUCCUGAGGUGGAGAAGCAUCUGGUGGUCAGUGUCAGUGACAUGGCAUACCUGGCCCUUGCCAAGGGUGGUCUGGUGGACGACCAUGUCCUCAUCCUGCCCGUGCACCACCACCAGUCCUCUGUGUCCUGCCCUGAGGACGUCCUACAACAGAUUGACAAAUACAAAACUUGCCUUCGCAAAAUGUUCAAGUCACAAGGGAAAAGUAUUGUCUUUUUUGAGAGAAACUUUCGCACUCAACAUUUGCAAAUUCAGGCGGUGCCAAUACCUCAAGACUCGGUCCAGGACAUCAAAGACACGUUCAUGACGUGCGCCGAGGCAGAGAAGAUAGAGCUGGCAGAGAUUCCCAAGUUUUCCGACAUCAAGCAGAUUGUUCCUGACGGUGCUCCGUACUUUUUGGCGGAACUUCCCACGGGAGAGAAAUGUCUUCACCGGAUCGGCAAACAGUUUCCCCUACAGUUUGGCAGGGAAGCGCUGUGCGAGCCGGCCGUCCUCAACAUGCCGGAGCGAGUGGACUGGAAGAACUGUAAGCUGGACAAAGAGGAGGAGAAGAGUAACGCGGCAGCUUUCAAGGCUGACUUCCGAGCUUUUGACUUCAACUUUAACUGAUGGGAAUGGUUCUGUGGGGACUGAGGUGGGAGUGCGAUUUCAGUGGGAACAGAAUGAGAGAGUGCUUACUUCUAGCGCGUUUGGAGAAUAGUUUUAUGUCAUCUGUCUGUAUGAAUGGAAUGUGAGAGUGCUUACUUCUAGCGCGUUUGGAGAAUAGUUUUAUGUCAUCUGUCUGUACGAAUGGAAUGUGAGAGUGCUUACUUCUAGCGCGUUUGGAGAAUAGUUUUAUGUCAUCUGUCUGUAUGAAUGGAAUGUGAGAGUGCUUACUUCUAGCGUGUUUGGAGAAUAGUUUUAUGUCAUCUGUCUGUAUGAAUGGAAUGUGAGAGUGCUCUUAACAUUAUUUUUGUUUCGGUUUCGGAAGUCGGGUCUGCCAACUAAUGAAAGUGCUGGAAACAUGAAUGUGACUUGAAAUUACGCAUGGAAAUGCAAAUAAACCUUGUAAAAAUUU